AUGAGACUAGCACGCGCUGCUAUGCUCGAACAAGACCACCAUCCUGAACUACGGUUGCGAGAGAAAGGAACGAAUGGCAUAUGUGCUGGGGUCUGCACAGCUCGUGAAGAUGGACCGUCCAAGUAUCCAAGUACCCAAGGCUCUGAGGAAGGCGAAAUCGCCGAAACCUCAGCGAUUGACCAACAACAACAACAACUUACUGUAACUUCUCAUCAGCUCAGCAAAAUCAGUUCACAAGAACAGAUGUAG